AAUGUUACGUAGUCGUGUCGUGACGUAUACAAAAUGGCGGACGAUAGUAUAUCGUUUGGUAAAGUAAACACGUCUUUUAUUUUUAACAUCUGUCGGCUUUUUGGUGGGUUUAUUUAAGCGAAUGAUUGAUGAUAGGGAUCGAUAUUGUUAAUUAAAGUUAUGUUUAAGUCACUUAGAAAGAAACUUGCCGAAGAAGCCGAAGCUUUAGGUUUGCCUUCUCAGGUCGGAGAAACUUCUGUCGUAAGCGAAACAUCUGAAAAAUCUGGUAAUCAGACCAGAGAACAAUAUGCAUCAUUUAUGAAUAGUGGUAAUAAAACAAAUAAUGAAAUUGCAUCUUCUAAUAAUGUGGCAGCUGCCGAGGAUUUAAUAGAUCUCAACAGUAGUACUGGAAAUUCGAUUCUCCGUGCGGAAAAGCAGCAGUUUAGUAUUAUUGAUGAAGAUGACAGUAAUGCUAGCGAACCAAAUUCUCCACAUAAAACUCAGGAAGAUUCUUCUGCUGGAUCAGAAGCAAAUUAUUCUUCCAAACCAACCAUUCUUAAUAUUGAACAACCCGAACCCAAAAAUCCAUUCGAAAGAGAAAUGAAGAAUUCUAAACAAGGUUAUGUUCCUCAGUCUGAUAUCGAGAGUGAAGUUGAAGACCCUCAGGCACUGAAUUUAGAUGGAAUUAGUAAGGAACAGCUCAUAUAUGCCUUACAAAAACUGAGAACUCGCAUUCAUAAAUAUAAGUCUCAUUAUUCAGAGGCAGUUAAAGCUUACAGAGAAUUGCAUUCGGAAAAAGAAAAGUUAGAGCGUACAGUUACGGAUUCUCAGGAUAAAGCAUUAAGAAGAAUAACAGAACUGCGAGAACAGUGUCAGUUGGAACAGCAAGCCAAAGCACAUCUUGAACUGAAUCUUCGAAUGCUGUUAGAAGAGAAAGAUCAAAAGAUUCACGUUCUGGAAACUAAAAUUAAUCUAUUAAAAGAAGGAAAUACUGGAGAAGCAAUUGACAACAAAGUUCAGGGAGAUAGUCCUACACAUCUUUUAGAUCUUGACGAUAAGAAAUCAAAUGAUCAGGAUAUAAGUGAAGAUAAUGGAGGUGAUAUAUCGGUGUUAAAAGAAAAGAUAAAAAGGCAAGAACUGUUAUUGUCUAAAUGUAAAGAUACUCUAAAGAGCAAUAAAGAACGAACAACUCAGUUAAUAGAAGAAAAGAACGGUCUUUUAGAGCAACUAGAAAAAAGUAAAACGGAACUUCAAGAUUUUCAGGUAAAUGAAGCAGAAAUUCAAGCUAGUUUGAGAGCAGAUUUACAGCAGAUGAAAGUACGAUUAGAAGAACUAGAAAAACAGCAAGAAGAAAAUGCAAUGUCUAUGGCUGAAACGAAAAGGAAUAUGCAUCAAGAACUUGAAUUAAGAGAACAGCAAUUAUCCAAAUUAAAAUUAGAGUUGCAGAAUGUACAACAAGAUAAACAGCUUUUAAAUAAUAAAGUUAAGGAACAGAAUGAAAAAAUUACCAAAUUAGAAAAUGAACAUCAAGAAAAAGUCAACAAAUUACAGUCGCAAUUAGAAUUAACGGAGAAGAACAUGGAAGAGGAAAGACAAAAUCUGAUGCAAGAAUUAUCUCGUGGAAAAGCAGCUGCAUUAAGUCUGUUAAAGGAGGAAUGUAAAAAUAAGAUAAGUGUUGCUGAAGAAGAAUGGAAGAUAAAAAUUGAUGAUCUUCUGAAAGAACAUCAGAAAGAAUUAUCAGAAAAGGAUAAAGAAAUGGAAAAUGCCCUUCAAAGGCAAGCAGAAGAAUUUAAAAAGCGUUUAGAAGGAAAGAACGAGGAAAUGAGUUUAGCAAUCGAAGAACAGACCUUACAGAAAUCGGCUGCAUUAACAGAACUUGACAUUCAGAAAAAUCAGUUAAUUAGAAAUGCAGAAGAAUUAACAACAUUUUUUUUUCAGGAGAAAACAUACAAUUUGGAAUCCACAUAUGAACACAGGCUAGCCGAGAUGUCGUCACAACAUAUUAAUGCUAUAGAACAGAAGGAAACGGAACUGGAGAAUUUAAAAGUUGCCAAUAAGAAACUCUGCUUAGAAAUAGAAGAAAGAAAAAAUGAAAUUUUAGAUAUUAAAUUGAAAUAUGAAACAGUUUAUAAGGAAUUUGAGGAAGUUAAAUUAACAAUAGGCAGCAGAGAUAACGAAUUACAGAAGUUAAAAAAUAAUUUUGAAAACAAAUCCAUUCAAUUAAAUGAAGCCUUAAAAAGUGCUUUAGAAGAAAAAGAAAAUCAAAUCAAGAUUAUAGAUAGUCUGAAGCAAGAAAUAGAUCAUUUUCAAUGCGAACUUCAGAGAGCCAAGGAAUGUUGUGAGAAGUUAGAAACUGAAAAACUUUCGUUAAAAGAAAAGUAUGAAUCCAUGCAAAAUGAACUCAAACAGCACCAAGAAUUAAUUAAAAUGUCAAAAUCUGAUACGGAACACCAUUUAAAAACCAUUAAAGAAUUAGAAAAUCAGUUGCAAAUGCAGAAAACUGAAUAUCAAUCAAUUAAAGACAAAUUAGCAAAUCUGGAAACCGAAAUUGAAACAAACAAGACUUCUGAUGAUUAUUCAAAGCAGUCAAUAGAGAAACUUUCAGAAAUAAAUCAAGAACUAGAAGAGAAAUUGUCUUUAAGUAAGGAGAAAGAGGAAUUACUCUUAGCAGAAAUAUCCACACUACAAACAGAGAAGAAAAAAAUAUUAAAAGAUUUAAAUAUCUUGAAAGAGGAAUUAGAAAUGGCCAUACAGGAAAAAGAGGAUGCUGUUAAAACAUUGACGGAGGAAAAGCAUAAGGCAAUUGAAGAUAUCUCUCAAUUAGAAAGUGAGAAGCAGAAUUUAUUAACCGAAAAACAAAGUUUAGAAGAAGUUGUUGAAUCUUUAGGAAAUCUGUCUGAAGAAAAUACUAAAUUAAACAAAAAUUUACAAGAGAUCAAAGAAGAAAAACAGAACACUGCAUCAGACCUGGAGAACACAAAAUUAGAAAUGAUGAAUACCGUUAUGGAAUAUGAAAGAAAGUUACUUGAAGCAGAAGAAUCUUCUUCGAAACAGUUAGAAAUGGUUAGUAAUCAGCAACAAAAUACAAUUGACAAUAUUAAAAAUUUAUAUGAUACCAAAAUAGUAAGUUUGGAACAAACUAUAGAUGAUCUUCAAUAUCGUGAGAAAGAAUUAAAUGAUUUAUUGGAGAAAACAAGGAUAGAUUAUGAGAGAAACAUUUCAGAGGUAAAUGAGAAAUUGGUCGUGGACGUUUCAUCAAUGUCUACCCAGACAGAUUGUCUAAAACAAGAGCUGGAUUCCUUAAAGCAAUUACUAGCAAACAGCCGAAAGGAGUACGAAGAACAAAUAUCUAAGUUAGCUUCUAUAAAUAACGAACAGUCUCAAAAAAUAAGAGAACAGGAAAGUGAAUUAGAUGAAAUAAAGAAAGAAAUUAAGAAAGCAGAAGAGAGGGAGAUUACAUUAGAAUCAGUUUUUAAGGCUAAAGAAGAGCAUUUGAAUAAUUUGAUCUCAGAUAAAGCAUCAAUUGAAGAAAAAUACAGCAAAGAUAAAAUGAAGUGGAAACAGUUAAAAGAAAUUUAUGAAAAUCAAUUAUUGGAAUUAAAAGAUACAACUAAAGAAGAACUGGAUAAGUUGAACUCUGAAGUAAAUGAAUUAAAAAACAAAUUGGAAGAAGAGAAAUUUCAACACGAACGCGAGAUGACCAGAGUCACCGAAAAUCAUGUAGAAGAAAUGAAAAAGAUUGAAAACAUGUUACAGAUCGAAAAGGAGAAUUGGUGUGAGAAAGAGUCAAUGAACAAUAUAGAAAUGCUUAAUUUACAAAACAAAUUAAAGGAGAUAACGCGACAGUUAAAGGAUGUUGAGAGAGCCACCUUUGAUGCAAAUAAUCAGAUAGCAAUUCUUGCAAAGGAAAAAGAAACUGAAAUUAAUUUGAUAACAAAAACUUGGGAAAACAAACAUCAAGAUACAGUUAAUUAUUAUAAAGAAUUAGUGAAUAAUUUAAAAAAUGAUAAUGAAAAUUUACAGUCAUAUCUGAAAGAAAGAACUGAAGAAAUGAAUAAUUUAAAAAUGAAUAACAAUGAAUUAAGAAUUAAUAAUGAAGACAUGUCAAAUACAUUUAUACAACAAACUGAUAAACUGACAGAAGAAUGCAAGACAUUAAAGCAGUUAAACAUAGAAUAUGAAGAGAAGCUGGCAGUGUUAGAGACGGCAUCAAAGGAUAAUAAUAAAUUGAAUGAACAGUUGAUCGAACUGCAAAAUAAAUUAGAUCAGGCAAAUAAAUUGUGUGAGAAAGAAAGGUCUGAUUACGACGCAUUCAAGCUUAAAUUUGAAGCUGAAAGUAAGGAUAAAAUUUCUAGCAUUAGGCAAAAAUUUGUCACAAAAUUGAAAAGUGUACAACAGGAAUCUAAGACCAGAAUUUUGGAACUUGAGAAUGAAUUACAGAAACUAACCGUCGAGAACACCAAAUUAUUAGGAAAAGUAGAUGAAUUCAAUGGUAUAUUAGCCUUAAAGCAGUCAGAAAUAGAUGAAUUGAUAAAUUUGAAAACUGUUGUUGAUUCUUGUAAUUUAGAACUGAGUCAAAUGAAAAUUACGCUGGAAGAAAAAGUACAGUUUUCACAUCUCAAGUGUCAAGAAUUGGAGGAAUUAAAGAAGAAUAUUGCAACUAAAAAUGAUGAAGUACAGUACCUAAAGCAAUGUAAUGAAACUUUAAAGAAUGAAAUGAAUGAUAAUGACAAAUAUAAAGAGCAAAUUUCUGUCCUUUCCAAUACAAUUAGCAGUUACGAAGAAAAACUAAAAGUGCAAGAAAACGAGAUAGAGGAGAUUAGGAAAGAAAAUGGGACAAAAGAAAUGGAGCUAUCUGAUCUUCAGAAGAAAUUAAAUUGUUUACAAGAAAAGUAUGUCAAUGCUGAAAGCAAAAUAGAUGAUUUGUGUAGAGAGAAUGAAAAAAUUAGCGAGAUAUCCAAAGAUCUAGAUGCUAAAAAUGAACUGAUCUCAACCCUCAAAGAGAAAUGUAAAAGACUCGAAUCAGAAUUAGGCAAGGAGAGAAGCGAUUCUAUUCACAAAUUAACACAACAGGAAUCUGAACAUAAAGAAAAGUUAGAACAAAUGCAACAAGAUGCAAACAAAGAGUAUCAGGCGAAACUAAAUGAACUUAAAAAGAAAGCCGAAUUGAAAUUAACUCAGAUAAAGAGACAAUUGCAGUCUGAAAACGAGAGCACACUAAAGCUACAAGAAGAAAAAUUUGUCUUAGAAAUGGACAAUAGAAUAAAGGAAUUGCAGCAAGAAAAAGAUGUCGUCAUUUCCGAUCUGAAAGAAAAACUGAAAGAAUUAAAUGCUUCUCUUGCUAAUAAGGAAGAAGAAAUUGAAGAAAUUCAGUGUAAAUACACUUCUUUUGAAAACCAGUUUAAGGAAGUGAUGCAUAGCUUAGAAGAUAAAGUAAAAGAAUUAGAAAAUGACAAACAAACUCUCAUUAAUGAGAUGGAAAAAUGUAGAGAGACGAAAGAUGAAGAGAUAAAAGAGCUGACGGCGAGAUAUGAAGAAACCAUCUCAAAACAUUCCAAAGAGAAGGAAGAAGUUACUGCUAGAAUAUCAGAAGAGUAUCAGGCCAAAAUUGGUCAGUUAGAAGAAGAAAUAAGAGUCCUCAAUAAUCAGUUGGACGAAUCGUUGCUGGUAGCCGAGGCGAACCAGUCUGCAGUUUCUCAGAAACUCGCCGACUAUAAGAGUCAGUUAUCAGAAAAAGAGGAAGAGGAAUCAGAACUGAAGCACAAGUUGGAAGAAUUAAUAUCUGAAAAUAAUCGACUGACUGAAGAAAAACAGUUAUUAGAUGAAUUACAAAAUGAGAAACUAUCAUUAAAUAACAAGUUAAAAGAAGCAGAAGAACAAUAUAAUGAAGUGUUGAGAGAGAAAGAUUGUUCUCUCAAUAAUUUAACAAAAGAGAUAGCAGAACUGAAUUUAAAAUUGAGUGAAAUGUCAAAGGAAAAGGAAGAUUUAAAGAGUAUGUUACAAGAAGAAGUAGAAAAGUUGAGAAUGGAGAAAUGCAAACUGAAAGAAGAAGCUAACAAGUGGAAGCUGCGACAGGAAUUGUUGAAUCAGCAGGUUCAGCAGAAAGAACCCGAAGAUUUGUCUGUGUCGCUUCUGAAAGAAGAAAACAACAUGCUCAAAGAGCAGCUCGGGGUUCUCGAAACUCAAACAUUUGGUGUGAACCAUGUAGAAAAUUACCAGACCCAGUUGACCGCUGUGAUUAAGAGUUACGAAGAGAAACUAAAGGAGAAGGACUCUGAACUGAACAGCAAAUUAAAACAGAUGAUCCGUGAAUUUAAUAGUCAACUAGAAUUAAAAGAUAACGAAUGCGAGAAAACAUUAUCAAAUCUUAUAGGUAAAGGACAAGAAGAGGAGUCGAAAAUGGAGAAAGAGCACCGUCAGGAAAUGGCAUCUCUGCAGCAGGAACUGUUUGAAAAGACUUGUGCACUGGACGACGUGACCGAACACUUCCAACAGUUAUUAAGGGAUAAAGAAGAAGAAUUAAAUGAAUGUAAACAAAAAUUAAAGGAAUCUAAGAUUCUGCAGGUGAGAGUGGAAAAGAAUGAAAUUCAGGCUAGUCAAGAAUCACAAAAUGUUGAAGCAAACGAUUGGGAAGACGGUUGGGAGGAUGCGGAAGAUACGACUCCAGUCGCGCAACAGACUGAAGCGGAAAAUCAGUCUAAUUUAACCUGCACGGUGCACGAAGAAGAGAUAGCUUCUUUAAAAACUGAAAAAACUAAUCUGCAAGAGGAAAUUGGCGAGUUGAGAUUUUUGCUAGGUUUGACGUCCAAGCCUAACUCCACCGGUACUUCAAACCAUAUGGAGGACAUUUCUUUAAAAGUUCCCGAACCGACAGAAUUUGAGUACUUGCGCAACAUACUGUACGAAUACAUGAUGGGAAAAGAACCAUUUGUUCUGGCCAAAGUGAUAACGGCAGUUCUAAAAUUUGACGACGACCAGACACGUCAGAUCCUGCAGAGAGAAGCCUCCCGGCAAGUACAGGUGAGCUCGGUUUUUGUCUGUCGUGCAUUUCCGUCAGCGAUAGGUGAAAUAUUCGCUCUCAUUAACAAACUUUUGUUUUCGAUAAUUGGCCAUUUAAUCUUUCAAUAA